CUGCUCAAUCUGAUUUAAAAACAGCGAAUUGAUUGCAAUAAGACCGCAAAACCGGGAAUUUACGUUGUUUUUCGGUGAGCUUACUUCCAGAACAGGGACUCAUCAGCACCCGCCCAAAUACCACGGCAGUGCGCGCGCCCUCGGCCACCGGAUCCUCCCCUUCCAAUGAGACUUUGUGACUGUGUGUACCAGUUCUCCUAUUAGGAAACCCGUGGGCUGCAUGCAGCUAUUCUGUUGUACUCUCUUUCUCGCCCUCCCUCCCCUCUCCAACUCACAGCCUUGCUGGAAAGCUCACCUCUGUUUGCUGAGAAGAAAAAACCCUACCUUAACCGAUUAAGACUAUGCGCAGAAUUCGCCUUUCAUAGCCAUCACAAUUUAAAUCUGCCAAGGCUGGACACCAGUCUUUACAGGAAUGGAGUCGGUAAAACAAAGGAUUUUGGCCCCAGGGAAAGAGGGGAUAAAGAAUUUUGCUGGAAAAUCCCUCGGCCAGAUCUACAGGGUGCUGGAAAAGAAACAGGACACUCGGGAGACCAUCGAGCUGACGGAGGACGGCAAGCCCCUGGAGGUGCCCGAGAAGAAGGCUCCGCUCUGCGACUGCACUUGCUUCGGCCUGCCGCGCCGCUACAUCAUAGCCAUCAUGAGCGGCCUCGGCUUCUGCAUCUCCUUUGGCAUCCGCUGUAACCUGGGCGUGGCCAUUGUGGACAUGGUCAACAACAGCACCAUCCACCGCGGGGGCAAAGUUAUCAAGGAGAAAGCCAAAUUUAACUGGGACCCCGAAACUGUGGGGAUGAUUCACGGGUCGUUCUUCUGGGGCUACAUCAUCACCCAGAUUCCGGGCGGAUAUAUCGCAUCGCGGCUAGCUGCAAACCGGGUCUUUGGAGCUGCGAUCCUGCUCACCUCUACCCUCAAUAUGCUGAUCCCGUCAGCAGCCAGAGUGCAUUAUGGAUGUGUCAUCUUUGUUAGGAUUUUGCAGGGGCUUGUGGAGGGCGUCACCUACCCCGCCUGUCACGGGAUAUGGAGCAAGUGGGCCCCUCCUUUGGAGAGGAGUAGAUUGGCUACCACCUCCUUCUGUGGUUCCUAUGCUGGAGCAGUCAUUGCCAUGCCUUUAGCCGGUAUCCUCGUGCAGUAUACUGGAUGGUCUUCAGUGUUUUAUGUGUAUGGAAGCUUUGGCAUGGUCUGGUACAUGUUCUGGCUUCUGGUGUCUUACGAGAGCCCUGCCAAGCAUCCUACCAUUACGGAUGAAGAACGUAGGUACAUAGAAGAGAGCAUUGGAGAGAGCGCAAAUCUGUUAGGUGCAAUGGAAAAAUUCAAGACUCCAUGGAGGAAGUUUUUCACAUCCAUGCCUGUCUAUGCAAUAAUUGUUGCAAACUUCUGCAGGAGUUGGACAUUUUAUUUACUGCUCAUCAGUCAACCAGCUUAUUUUGAGGAAGUUUUUGGGUUUGAAAUUAGCAAGGUCGGCAUGCUGUCCGCGGUCCCACAUCUCGUCAUGACAAUCAUUGUACCUAUCGGCGGCCAAAUUGCCGACUUUCUAAGAAGCAAGCAAAUUCUUUCAACAACAACAGUGAGAAAGAUCAUGAAUUGUGGGGGUUUCGGCAUGGAAGCCACCCUGCUUCUGGUUGUUGGCUACUCUCACACUAGAGGAGUGGCCAUCUCCUUCUUGGUGCUUGCAGUGGGAUUCAGUGGAUUUGCUAUCUCUGGCUUCAAUGUUAACCAUCUGGAUAUUGCUCCAAGAUAUGCCAGUAUCUUAAUGGGCAUUUCAAAUGGUGUUGGCACACUGUCGGGAAUGGUUUGCCCUAUCAUCGUUGGUGCAAUGACAAAGAACAAGUCCCGUGAAGAGUGGCAGUACGUCUUCCUCAUUGCUGCACUCGUCCACUAUGGGGGAGUCAUAUUUUAUGCAAUAUUUGCCUCAGGAGAGAAGCAACCUUGGGCAGACCCUGAGGAAACCAGUGAAGAAAAAUGUGGCUUUAUUCAUGAAGAUGAACUGGAAGAAGAAACAGGGGACAUCACUCAGAAUUACAUAAAUUAUGGUACCACCAAAUCUUAUGGUGCCACAACACAGGAGAAUGGAGGCUGGCCUAGUGGCUGGGAGAAGAAGGAAGAAUUUGUGCAAGAAGGUGCACAGGAGACAUACACCUACAAGGACCAAGAUGAUUAUUCAUAACGAAGCUAGUUGUUGGGUUUAUUUUUAGUGUUUGUGAUUAAAUUAAUUGUGAUUGCACAAAAUAAUUUUAAAAAUGUGGUGUGGCCAUGUAAACAUAUCAACCAAGCAAGUCUUGCUGUUAAAAAAAAAAAUAAGAAUUGAAAAUAGACCAUGAGAUUCCCAUCAAGUGCAAUCUGUGGAAGAUGUCACAUUAUGUCAUUUCCAUUCAGGUCAUUCAUCCUUCUGUUUGUGAUUUGAAGGUUUACUGUAGGUUUAAGUAGGUAUUCGUUGGACCCAUCACCAUGUUAGAGAGCACAACUAAAACAGUUGGCACAUGUCAUCCUACAGAAGUUAGGAAGCCAAAGCUACUUGAUCAUGCAAAUUGCACUUAUUUAUUUAUUACACUAGACUGCAAAAUAUCCCAGGGAUAUCCUGUCUAGAGACAUAGUGGAGCUGGAAAGCUGGCUAGAUCCGGUAUUGACUAUAAUCAUUAUGUGCAUAUCAUGGAGUGGCUACGUCUUUUAAUUGAAGAACUACAUUGUGUACUAGCAGCUAGCAAAUUGUACUGAAUUAUUAGUAGGAAUGCAGAGUGUGUGAUAUCUUGUGAUCUUCAAAAAGCUUAUCUUGCAGUGUUUUGUGAAAUGCUUGGGCACAAACACUUAUUUUUAUGAAAGAGAGCUUGUAAAGGGAGGAGUAUGCUCCAUGCUCUCCCAUUCAUUACCUGACAGUAUCAAACCCUUCACAUUUCAAUAAAAUUCAACUUUCAUGUAACAUAUCACAUAACUUUUUUUGAAAAAAAAAUAUAAGAAGAAAUAGACUUCAAUGUAUUUUUUAUUACAACUUUGUACUGGUUGUAACUUACAAUAGGAAAUGAUUAAUAUAUAUAUAAUCAUAAAGAACCUAAUAAAAAUUUAGUAUAAAUAUAUAACCCUUGAAA